GUACCUAUUUGCAUUGCAAGUGAAGCAGGACCUGGCACAGGGAAGGCUAACCUGUAAUGAUACCAGCACUGCCCUCUUAAUCUCACACAUAGUACAGUCUGAGAUUGGGGAUUUUGAUGAAACCAUAGAUCGUGAACACUUAGCGAAGAACAAGUAUAUACCUCAUCAAGAAGCACUAGAAGACAAAAUCAUGGAAUUUCACCGUAGUCACAUGGGACAGACACCAGCAGAGUCUGACUUCCAGCUUCUGGAGAUUGCCCGUCGGCUGGAGAUGUAUGGAAUACGCUUGCAUCCAGCCAAGGACAGGGAAGGGACAAAAAUCAACCUGGCUGUUGCCAACACAGGCAUUCUGGUGUUUCAGGGUCACACCAAGAUCAAUGCCUUCAACUGGGCUAAGGUUCGAAAGCUGAGCUUCAAGAGAAAACGUUUCCUUAUCAAACUACGGCCUGAUGUGAAUAGUUCAUUCCAGGACACCCUGGAAUUCCUUAUGGCCAGUCGAGAUUUUUGCAAGUCUUUCUGGAAGAUCUGUGUGGAGCAUCAUGCCUUUUUCAGGCUUUUUGAGGAACCUAAACCAAAGCCUAAACCCGUUCUUUUUUCUAGAGGUUCAUCAUUUAGGUUCAGUGGUCGGACUCAGAAGCAAGUUCUUGACUACGUUAAAGAAGGAGGGCACAAAAAAGUGCAGUUUGAAAGGAAACACAGCAAGAUUCAUUCCAUCAGGAGUCUGACUGCACAGCCUUCAGAACAGCAUACAGAGGUGCCAAAACAAAGCUCUAGCUUUGCCUAUGGAGAUGACAAUGAUGCUGCAGCAGUGCAGAGCUGCCGGCAAGGGAAGGAAUUGAAGGCUUCAACAGAAGGCACUGGACAGCACAGGAGCCCUUCCUUGAAGAAGAGCCCAAAGGAAGGCAGAAAGGUGGAUGGAGCAGUGGUGUCAACAGUGGAGGAAGAAGAGGAGGCUGCUAAGGACAGGAUGCAGCAGAACAGACCUCAGUCACAGCAACCAAGCACAGGCUCUCUGACUGGCAGCCCUCACCUUUCAGAGCUUUCCAUCAAUUCCCAAGGAGGACCAUCGGUGGCAAAUAUGUCUUUAUCUCCAAACUUGAGCCCUGAUGCCAAGCAGUCAUCUCCCUUGAUCAGCCCUUUGCUGAAUGACCCAUCAUGCAUCAGGACUGACGACGAGGAAGAGGUCAAAAGAAAGAGAUUCCCAACUGAGAAAGCUUACUUCAUUGCUAAAGAAGUAGCAACCACAGAACGAACAUACCUGAAGGACCUUGAAGUCAUCACAUCGUGGUUUCAGAGUGCAGUGAGUAAAGAGGAUUGCAUGCCCGAAACAUUGAAAAAUCUCAUUUUCUCCAACUUCGAACCUUUGCACAAAUUUCACACUGGUUUUCUCAAGGAAAUUGAGCAGAGACUUGCUCUGUGGGAAGGCCGCUCUAAUGCUCACAUUAAAGGAGAUUACCAAAGAAUCGGAGAUGUUAUGCUAAAGAACAUUCAGAGUAUGAAGCAACUGACAAUUCACCUGUGGAAGCACAAUGAGAUUUUAAUGGAGUUGGAGAACGGGAUCAAGAACUCUCGCAAGCUGGAGACCUUUUGCAGGGAUUUUGAGCUACAGAAAGUCUGCUACUUGCCUCUCAAUACCUUCCUUCUCAGACCUUUACACAGGCUUAUGCACUACAAGCAGAUAAUGGAGAGGCUUUGCAAACACUAUCCACCAAGCCACAUAGACUUCAGGGAUUCAAGAGCUGCUUUGGCUGAGAUUUCUGAAAUGGUGGCUCAACUCCAUGGCAAUAUGAUAAAGAUGGAGAACUUCCAGAAGCUGCAUGAACUCAAGAAAGACUUGAUAGGCAUAGACAAUCUGGUGAUAGCAGGAAGGGAGUUCAUUAGAUUGGGCAGUCUUAGUAAGUUGUCUGGAAAAGGUUUACAGCAACGGAUGUUCUUCCUGUUUAACGAUAUCUUGUUGUACACAAGUAGAGGCCUGACAGCAUCAAAUCAGUUUAAAGUCCACGGGCAUCUUCCACUGUAUGGCAUGACAAUAGAAGAAAGUGAAGAGGAAUGGGGGGUUCCUCAUUGUCUGACACUACGAGGUCAACACCAGUCCAUCGUUGUUGCUGCAAGUACCCAUGCCGAAAUGGACAAAUGGACUGAGGACAUCCAGAUGGCAAUAGACCUGGCAGAGAAAAGCAGUGGCCCUGCCCCAGAGUUACUGGCUAGCAGCCCACCUGACAAUA